CCCCCCUCCCCCCCCCCCCCCCCCCCCCCCCCCCUCCCCCCCCCCCCCCCCCCCCCCCUCCCCCCCCCCCCCCCCCCCCCUCCCCCCCCCCCCCUCCCCCCCCCCCCCCCCCCCCCCCCCCCCCCCCCUCCCCCCCCCCCCCCCCCUCCCCCCCCCCCCCCCCCCUCCCCCCCCCCCCCCCCCCCCCCCCCCCCCCCUCCCCCCCCCCCCCCCCCCCCCCCCCCCCCCCCCCCCCCCCCCCCCCCCCCCCCCCCCCCCCCCCCCCCCCCCCCCCCCCCCCCCCCCCCCCUCCCCCCCCCCCCCCCCCCCCCCCCCCCCCCCCCCCCCCCCCCCCCCCUCCCCCCCCCCCCCCCCCCCCCCCCCCCCCCCCCCCCCCCCCCCCCCCCCCCUCCCCCCCCCCCCCCCCCCCCCCCCCCCCCCCCCCCCCCCUCCCCCCCCCCCCUCCCCCCCCCCCCCCCUCCCCCCCCCCCCCCCCCCCCCCCCCCCCCCCCCCUCCCCCCCCCCCCCCCCCCCCCUCCCCCCCCCCCCCCCCCCCCCCCCCCCCCCCCCCCCCCCCCCCCUCCCCCCCCCCCCCCCCCCCUCCCCCCCCCCCCCCCCCCCCCCCCCCCCCCCCCCCCCCCCCCCCCCCCCCCCCCCCCCCCCCCCCCCCCUCCCCCCCCCCCCCCCCCCCCCCCCCCCCCCCUCCCCCCCCCCCCCCCCCCCCCCCCCCCCCCCCCCCCCCCCCCCCCCCCCCCCCCCCCCCCCCCCCCCCCCCCCCCCCCCCCCCCCCCCCCCCCCCCCCCCCCCCCCCCCCCCCCCCCCCCCCCCCCCCCCCCCCCCUCCCCCCCCCCCCCCCCCCCCCCCCCCCCCCCCCUCCCCCCCCCCCCCCUCCCCCCCCCCCCCCCCCCUCCCCCCCCCCCCCCCCCCCCCCCCCCCCCCCCCCCCUCCCCCCCCCCCCCCCCCCCCCCCCCCCCCCCCCCCCCCCCCCCCUCCCCCCCCCCCCCCCCCCCCCCCCCCCCCCCCCCCCCCCCCCCCCCCCCCCCCCCCCUCCCCCCCCCCCCCCCCCCCCCCUCCCCCCCCCCCCCCCCCCCCCCCCCCCCCCCCCCCCCCCCCCCCCCCCCCCCCCCCCCCCCCCCCCCCCCCCCCCCCCCUCCCCCCCCCCCCCCCCCCCCCCCCCCCCCCCCCCCCCCCCCCCCCCCCCCCCCCCCCCCCCCCCCCCCCCCCCCUCCCCCCCCCCCCCCCCCCCCCCCCCCCCCCCCUCCCCCCCCCCCCCCCCCCCCUCCCCCCCCCCCCCCCCCCCCCCCCCCCCCCCCCCCCCCCUCCCCCCCCCCCCCCCCCCCCCCCCCCCCCCCCCCCCCCCCCCCCCCCCCCCCCCCCCCUCCCCCCCCCCCCCCCCCCCCCCCCCCCCCCCCCCCCCCCCCCCCUCCCCCCCCCCCCCCCCCCCCCCCCCCCCCCCCCCCCUCCCCCCCCCCCCCCCCCCCCCCCCCCCCCCCCCCUCCCCCCCCCCCCCCCCCCCCCCCUCCCCCCCCCCCCCCCCCCCCCCCCCCCCCCCCCCCCCCCCUCCCCCCCUCC